AUGGCGCAAAUGAAUUUUUCAUCAAAGUGGCGGGGAUGGGUUAUGUCUAUUAUCCGGAAUUCUCGUGCCUCGGUCUUGGUUAAUGGGUCGCCCUCAUGUGAGUUUUCUUGUCAGCGUGGUCUUCGCCCAGGAGACCCACUUUCUCCUUUCUUAUUUAUUCUUGCUAUGGACGGUCUUACUCGGAUUAUGAGGCGAGCAUGUGAGCUGGGUGUUUUUCACGGUAUUAGAGUGGGUGGAACGGGUCCUCUAAUCUCACAUUUCAUGUAUGCUGACGAUGUGGUAUUUUGUGGGGAGUGGUCUAUAGCUAACGCUAUUAAUCUCAGACGACUACUAAGGGGCUUCUUUUUGAUAUCCUGGUUGAAGAUCAGCUCCAAAAAGAGUAGUGUGUUUGGUAUUGGAGUGGGGGAAUGUGACAUCGUUGAUAUGGCUAGGCUCCUUAAAUGCUCACGGGGUCGGUUUCCUUUUACUCACCUAGGUGUGCCGAUUGCGUCUAACAUGAACUUAGUUAGAAGUUGGGACCCGGUUCUUGAGAAGUUUCAAAAGCGGUUGUCGGCUUGGAAGUCUAAGUGCCUUUCGUAUGGUGGUCGGAUAACGUUGCUUAAAUCCAUUUUAAGUUCUCUUCCAUUGUAUUUCUUCUCCUUGUUUAGAGCCCCGAUUCAAGUUAUUAAUACUCUUCGGAAGCUGCGUAGGAAAGUCUUUUGGGGAGGGGUGGAAGCGGUUGAUAGAAUGAGUUGGUUAGCGUGGGAUAAGGUGGUUGCUCCGACUAAAUAUGGUGGUGUGGGUUUGGGUUCUCUUAGAGAUGCGAACCUAAGUUUAUUAUCCAAGUGGUGGUGGCGGUUUAAAGUGAGCCAAGACUCCCUAUGGCGAAAGGUGAUAUGGUCCAUUCAUGGAAGUGGUCGGGGUUGGACUUACAUUCCGGUGAAAUUGACACUAGGCGGUAUGUGGAAACAAAUAGCGAGUGUCCCGGAUAUUUUGGAGAAUAUUAGUUCCGGACCUAAUCUUUUUGUUAAUGGGAAUGUUAAAAGUGGUCAUAGUGUUUUUUUCUGGUCUGAUUGGUGGGUCUCGGACAAUACCUUACAAAGAAAGUUCCCUUUAUUAUUUGCAUUGGAAAAGAAGCGUUGUUGUUUGGUGUCUGAUCGGCUCCUCCUAUCAGCAGAGCAGCUGCAGUUUGCUUGGGACUGGAAACGGUCUUCGUUCACAGCAGCGGAGCAGAUACAAUAUGAUGCACUUAUCUCUUUGGUUUCUAAUGUGAAUUUAUCCCCUGGAGUUGAUUCUUGGACCUGGUCGGCGGGUGGGGAAAUUGGUUUCUCGGUGCGUAAUGUGAAGGAGUAG